AGUCCUGGUCGUCGCUCGGGCGGCGGGCUCUUGCUCUUAGUAAAGUCUCUUCGUCUCUCUCUCUCUGUCUUCUCUUUUGAUUCUCUAGGAGGGAGGAGUUUGGACUCUCCUCUCGAAGAUCGGGGCAUCGUCCGUGUGGUGACUAUAGAUAUCCAGGCAUUAUGUUAUUGAUUUUGCAAAGGGGAGAGACCUAGUUUUUGAAUUUGAAAAUAAUUUGAAUUGCUUAAAUUAAAUUCAAGUUGUGAAGAACCUUGGAAGGUGAAGAUGGCAAGGGGUAGGCCAAAGGAGAAACUGAGAUGGAGCAAGCUCUAUUCUUUCAGUUGCGUUCGUCCCUCUGUUAAGUCAGACUUGGAUAACUCCCCUUCCCUCAGAGGGCCAGGCUAUUCCCGAGUCGUCCACUGUAACCAGCCUCUUGUUCAUCGAAAAAAACCCUUCAGAUACCCCACCAACUACAUCUCCACCACCAAGUAUAAUUUUGUAAGUUUUCUUCCAAAGGCAAUCUUUGAACAGUUCCGGCGGGUUGCAAACCUCUACUUUCUAUUGACUGCAGCCCUGUCUCUCACACCAAUCACUCCUUUCACUCCUGUGAGCAUGAUUGCUCCAUUAACAUUUGUGGUUGGGCUCAGUAUGGCAAAAGAGGCAUUGGAAGAUUGGCAAAGAUUUAUGCAGGAUGUGAAGGUCAACAGGAGGAAGUUCAGCAUCCACCAAGGAGAAGGUCAGUUUGGUUAUAGGAAUUGUCAAAAUAUCUUAGUUGGGGAUGUUGUUAAAGUUGAGAAAGAUCAGUUUUUUCCUGCGGACUUGCUUCUUUUGUCAUCUAGCUAUGAAGAUGGGAUAUGCUAUGUUGAGACUAUGAAUUUGGAUGGCGAGACAAACCUGAAGGUGAAGAGAUCACUGGAAGUGACCCUGCCCCUAGAUGAUGAUGAGGCUUUCAAGGAUUUUGCAGGCACAAUCAGAUGCGAGGACCCAAAUUCCAACCUCUAUACAUUUGUUGGCAAUUUUGAAUAUGAGCGUCAAAUGUAUGCACUUGAUCCAAACCAGAUACUUCUUCGAGAUUCGAAGCUUAGGAAUACUUCAUUUAUUUAUGGUGUUGUAAUUUUCACCGGACAUGACACUAAAGUCAUGCAGAAUGCAACAAAAUCUCCUUCAAAAAGAAGUAAAAUAGAAAAGAAAAUGGACAGUAUAAUAUACAUACUCUUUAGCCUUCUUGUGUUGAUUUCACUGAUCAGUUCCAUUGGAUUUGCGGUAAAAAUAAAGUAUGGGAUGCCAAAAUGGUGGUAUCUGCAACCAAAUAAGAAUGCAAAGUUGUAUGAUCCUUCAAAACCUGUAGCGGCAGGCUUCUUCCAUCUGGUUACAGCUCUCAUUUUAUAUGGAUAUCUCAUACCCAUUUCGCUUUAUAUUUCCAUUGAAGUUGUGAAAGUUUUGCAAGCUAUGUUUAUCAAUCAAGAUAUUCAAUUAUAUGAUGAAGAUUCCGGAAAUCCUGCACAUGCCCGAACAUCAAAUUUGAAUGAGGAGCUUGGUCAAGUUGAUACAAUCUUGUCAGAUAAAACGGGAACUUUGACUUGCAACCAAAUGGACUUUUUGAAGUGUUCUAUAGCAGGAAUAUCAUAUGGAGUAGGUUCUAGUGAAGUAGAAUUAGCUGCAGCAAAGGUCAUGGCUUCAGAAGUUUCAAGUCCUCUUGCGUUGCAGAGUAGUAAUCAGGAUUUAUGGGAGAAACAAGCAAGUACAUAUGGAUCUUCCGAAAUCGUUUCCAUCAGUGGUUACUCUCCCAUGAUGAGGAAAGAGAAGAAGUCUUCCAUCAAAGGUUUCAGCUUUGUAGAUGAUCGUCUUAUGCAAGGAAACUGGAUCAAUAAUCCAAAUGCAGAUAUCGUUCUUCUAUUCUUUCGGAUCCUUGCACUUUGUCACACAGCUAUUCCAGAGUUAAAUGAGGAAACUGGUAUUUUUAACUAUGAAGCUGAAUCACCAGAUGAAGGGGCAUUUCUUGUUGCUGCCAGAGAGUUUGGAUUUGAAUUCUGCAAGAGAACCCAAUCAAGUGUGUUUGUUCGUGAGAUGCAAAUUUCCGGAUAUCCCAUAGAAAGGGAGUUCAAGGUCCUCAAUUUGUUAGAAUUUAACAGCCAAAGGAAGAGGAUGUCAGUUGUUGUACGUGAUGAAUCAGGACAGAUACUUCUUCUUUGCAAAGGUGCUGAUAGCAUAAUAUUUGAAAGACUAUCUAAACAUGGAAGAAUGUAUGAACAUGAUACUCAAAAGCAUCUAAAUGAGUAUGGGGAAUCAGGCCUGCGGACAUUAGCACUGGCAUACAAGAAACUUGAGGAAGCUGAGUACUCAUCUUGGAAUAAUGAAUUUAUAAAAGCAAAGACAUCAAUUGGACCAGACAGAGAAUCAAAACUGGAGCAAGUCGCCGAUAUGAUUGAGCGAGAUUUAUUUCUAAUUGGUGCUACAGCAGUGGAGGAUAAAUUGCAGAGAGGAGUACCAAGGUGUAUAGAUAAGUUAGCACAAGCUGGAUUGAAGAUCUGGGUUCUAACUGGUGAUAAGAUGGAAACUGCUAUUAAUAUAGGCUUCGCAUGUAGUUUGCUAAGACAGGGCAUGAAGCAGAUAUGUAUAUCAACACUGAACACUGAAUUGAUAGGCCGAGAGGCUAAAAAGGCUAUAAAAGAGAACAUGUUGAUGCAAAUCGCUAAUGCCUCACAAGCUGUGAACUUAGAGAACGAUCCUCACGAAGCAUUUGCCUUGAUCAUUGAUGGGAAAGCUUUAAGCUAUGUUUUAGAAGAUGAUAUGAAGAAAGAGUUCCUUAACCUUGCAGUUAAUUGUGCUUCAGUAAUAUGCUGUAGGGUCUCCCCAAAGCAAAAAGCACUGGUGACUCGUUUGGUAAAAGAAGGAACAAGAAAAACUACACUAGCCAUAGGUGAUGGUGCAAAUGAUGUUGGCAUGAUUCAAGAGGCUGAUAUUGGUGUGGGGAUCAGUGGGGUUGAAGGAAUGCAGGCAGUGAUGGCCAGCGACUUCUCUAUUGCACAGUUUCGUUUUCUUGAGCGACUUCUUGUUGUCCAUGGCCACUGGUGUUAUAAAAGGGUAGCCCAGAUGAUAUGUUAUUUCUUCUACAAGAAUAUAGCUUUUGGUCUCACACUAUUCUACUUCGAGGCUUAUGCGGGCUUCUCUGGGCAGUCUAUCUAUGAUGAUUGGUACAUGCUACUGUUCAAUGUCAUUCUAACCUCAUUGCCUGUCAUAUCGCUGGGAGUCUUUGAGCAAGACGUAUCUUCUGAAGUCUGCUUACAGUUUCCAGCACUGUACCAGCAAGGACCAAAAAAUCUGUUCUUCGACUGGUUCAGGAUUUUUGGUUGGAUGGCGAACGGUCUCUACUCAUCUCUCAUCAUUUUCUUCUUAACAAUUAACAUAGUGAAUGUUCAACCUUUCAGAGCUGGGGGUCAAACAACUGACAUGGCUUUGGUUGGAACAAUCAUGUUCACUGCAAUCAUCUGGACUGUUAAUGUGCAGAUUGCAAUGAAAAUGAGCCAUUUUACAUGGAUUCAACACCUCUUCGUGUGGGGAAGCAUUGCAACCUGGUACAUAUUCCUGCUUGGCUAUGGCUUCUCAUAUUCCUUAUUCUCCGGCAGCGAGUGUCAAAUUCUCGUGGAGGCCCUCGCGCCGGCGCCCAUCUAUUGGCUUUCCACUCUUUUCGUCGCGGCCGUGUGCAACCUCCCCUACCUCGCACACAUCUCGUACCAGCGAACUUUUCAUCCAAUGGAUCACCAUGUGAUUCAGGAGAUGAAGCACUAUAAGAAGGAUGUUGAAGACCAACGGAUGUGGAAGAGGGAGAAAUCUAAGGCAAAGCAAAGAACAAAGAUUGGGUUCUCGGCAAGAGUAGAUGCGAAGAUCAGGCAAUUGAGAGGAAGGUGGCAUAGGAAAAUGCUAUCUCUAAAUGUGGAAACAGUAUCGUAGCUUGACAAUCUCUUUGCCCUCCCUCCUGUUCUAUAAGGUUCAAGUUUAUUCAUUAAGUUGUUUUUUUUUUUUUUCCUUCAUGUUAUACAUCUUGUAGCAUUAGCAUGGGGGAUGGUUCAGAGGAUUCCCUAAUAGUAUAGUAAAGCCAGAAAAUUUAUAUAGCAUGUUUGUAUAACUUGUCAAAAUUUUAGCAUAGUUUUGUAGAUUUGUUUCUA